AUGAAUUCCGUUAGAAACAAAACAGUUCAAGAAGUUUUAGCGAUUCUCAAAAAGUUCAAAAAGAAUUCCAAAAAGGGGGAAAAAGUUCACAAACCUCCAGCAUUUGCUCUCUCGAGCGGCGAAGAUAUUGCCAUCCUGGAUCCUUCUCGUGCUCCAUUAUUGAUUCUCGCUUCGAGUAGUUUCAAUCGAGAACUCAACUAUUCGGUGCUCCCUUAG